AUGCCGGCAGCCGCCCUCAGCUCGUGGAGCGCCGGCGUGAGCCGCCCCGGCCGAGCCCGGCGGCGGGCGGAGGCCAGCGGAGAGGCUCCCGGCGGGGGCCGCCGCCUGGGCGCGGCGGAGCCGGCGAGGAGGCUGCGGAGCCUGCGGGAGGCGGCGCGGGGCGGCUCGCCCCAGCUGAAGCGCGGAGCCCUCCCGGGGGGAACCCGCGGCCGUGGCGGCGGCGGCGACUCGGACAGCGCCUCGGUGGCCUCGUCCUCCGCCGAGGAGGAGGGGAGCACCACCGGUGCCGUGGCUCUGGACCCCCUGGAGCACGCCUGGAUGCUAUCGGCCUCGGACGGGCGGUGGGAGAGCCUGGAAGGGCUGCUAAGCUGUGAGCCGGCGCUGCUCUGCAAGCGGGACUUCAUCACCGGCUUCACGGUGCUGCACUGGGCCGCCAAGCACGGGCGGCAGGAGCUGCUGGCCACGCUGGUCAACUUUGCCCAGCGGCACCAGCUGCCCGUGGACAUCAACGCCCGCACCAGCGGCGGGCACACCGCCCUGCACAUCGCAGCCAUGCACGGCCACGCCGAAGUGGUGAAGCUGCUGGUGGGCGCCUACGACGCCGACGUGGACAUCCGCGACUACAGCGGGCGCAAGGCUGCACAGUACCUGCACCAGGGCACAUCAGGGGACAUGCGGAGCCUGGUGGGGGCCCUGGAGGAAGAGGAGGAGGAGGAAGGGGCUGCCGGCAAUGGGAGCGGGCGCUGGAGGCUCUCCAAGGUGUUGCCCUCCAACCUCAUGAGCUACCGACUCCACCAUCAUCAUCACAGCACUGGGGAGGAAGCUGAGGGUACCGAGGGGGCAGCGGUGCCAGGCAAGGGCAAGGAGAUUACCAGAAAAGCCUCCAGCAGUGGGCGGAUGAAGCCUCGGCUUAAUAAGAUCCGCUUCAGGACUCAGAUCAUCCACAACACACCCUCCUUUCGCGGUGACACUGAGGAAGAAGAGCAUGAGGAGAAAUCUCUGAAAGCAUCAUUCAGGCUCAGGCCGAAGUCCAAUGUCUUUGGAUAA